AUGGCUCUUGAAAAUGAUCAACAACAGCAGAAGGUCUGGGUUAAUUUAGCAACAAAGUAUCCUGAAGUAGUUUUGUGUGUUGGAAAAAUAUGUUUUGGUGAAAAAGCAAGAAAAAAGAUACCAAGAAAUUCAAAACAAGAUCAAAAAUACACCCUUGCCUGUGCAGUGUGUGCCUUGCUGAACUCUGGAGGAGGUGUAGUAAAAGCAGAGAUUGAAAAUGAAAACUACAACUUAAAAAGAGAUAAGAUUGGACCAGAUUUAGAAGAGACUUUUCGGUCUCUUCUUUUGUUUCCAGACUGGAGAAAAUACCUGGACUUUGAACAGCGAGGAAAUUACCUUUUGAUUUUUAUCAAAACCUGGAGCAGUGAAAACACAUCCUUAACCUCUACAAGUGCAAAGCCACGUAUCUGUAGCCUGAGUACCGGGUUGUACGCAAAAUCUGGUGAUUCUCUUUCCCACAUGAAGCCUACCGAAGCUUUUUUGUUCCUUAAAGAAAAGCAAGAUGAAGCCAGGGGAGAGCUUAGCCCAGGACCACCUGCUAAAAUCAGGAAGACACAGGCUAUUGAAGGAGACGUGAAUAUUAUAAAUAACACUGUUGAUGAGUUGUUUAAUAGGGACCAACUGCGAUAUGGAGAGACGCUGACUUUCACGGAGUCAGGACAUGUGGAAUUUAAGCACUAUGCAACUGAAAAAAUUUUGACUCGUGUCAAAGAGAUAUUACCUCAGUAUAUCACUGGAUUUGCAAACACAGGCGGCGGGUAUUUAUGGAUCGGUGUGGAUGAUAACAGCAGAGUGCUGGGAUUCAGCAGUGAUGAUGAGGACCUUGAAAAAUUACGUUGCCUAAUCAGUUCCAUUCAAAACAAAUUAACCCUCUUCCAUUUCUGCGGGAGUGGAAAUACACACAACAUAAGGUAUGAACAAAAAAUCUUCAAAGUAUACCGCGAGGCUGGAGAUCACUGUGGCUACGUCUGCGCUGUGAAGGUUCAGCCAUUUACUUGCGUCGCUUUUUCCGAAGACCCGGACUCGUGGCUAGUGGAAGGCAGCACCGUCAGGAGACUGAGAGCAGACGAGUGGGCUGCGUGGAUGACCGCUGCUGAUCCAGAUCUUUCAAAGUUUUCUGAGACCUUUAGGCUAGAGCUCAGUCUGACAGAGGGGCCACCUCUUGCCAAGCCAGUUUAUUCCCACCAGGGCCUUGACAACGUUGAUAAUCUUUGUGAGCAACUGUUUCCAGUGAGAUCCCACAGCAUAAUAUAUACUCCAGAAAAACUCUGCGAAGAUCUCCUCCAGGAGCAUCCAGGGUUGGAUAUUCUGAUGAAAAAUCAAUUGGAGCAGCUUUCUGAGGGAGUUGUGAUAUUUUCCAGAAGCUGGGCUGUUGAGGUCGGCUUGCCAGAAAACCAAGACAUAAUUUGUGAUGUUCUCCUAAUAGCCAAGGAUAGGCCACCUAUCCUCUAUACAAUCUGUAAGCAUCCUAUCUCAGAGGAUUUGUUUGAAUACUCAAGACGCAUAGCCUGGAGGCUGAAGGAAAAAUUAGUCAACACUGGGGGCUAUAUUCACAAAUUGUGUGUAAUACCAAAGCUACUGACUUUGCUUCCCAAAAUUAACUGUGGAGAAGAAUGGGAUCUGAAUAUUCAAGAAAUGUAUCCCCAAAACUACAGCCUAAUCAACAGCAACAACUUGAAGGCCCUCUUGCAUGCUCUCACAGUAGCUCUGCUGACUUUCAAGUCCUUUUUAAGUGACCGUGUUGGUUCUGAGUUUUUGAACCUCUUGACCAUCAAACAGUACCAGCUGCUGUCAGAAAAUCUUCACAAAACUAAGAAGCUGUAUGUUUAUGGUCUACCAGGAACAGGAAAAACUGUAGUGGCCCUGAAGAUCAUAGAGAAAAUCACAACUAUGCUGAAGUGCAGAAAAGAGGAGGUUCUUUAUAUAUGUGAGAACCAGCCCCUGAGAGAUUUUGUGCGGCAGAAAAACAUUUGCCAGGCUGUGACAAGAAUACACUUUUUGAAGGCAAGCUUUGAGAACGUGACUCACAUAAUAAUUGAUGAAGCUCAGAAUUUCCAAGAUGGGGAAGGUGAUUGGUAUAACAAAGCCUUGGCUCUAACUUCAGCACCACAUCUCCCUGAGCCCGGCUUUUUCUGGAUUUUCUUGGACUACUUACAGACAAGUCACUGCUUCUCAACUGGUCUUCCAGAAGCAACACGGCAUGAUCCUGUCGAGUCGCUAACCAAAGUGGUUCGUAAUGCUAACAGUAUCUAUAGGUAUAUAAAAGAAAAGAUGGAAAAGAUUGUAAAGUACCCUACCCUAAAUAUCCCCAGCCAACGUUUGGAAGAGUUAUUGUGCAGAGCCACAUGUGCUUAUGCUGUGCAAGGCUGUACUGAAAUAAAACACAACCUAGACAGAAAUGGAAUAGUGAAGUAUGUGGCAGAACGUUGUCGUACAUAUCUUAAAAAGGGUUACUCCGAGAAAGAUAUUGCUAUUCUGUGCUACAGUGAUGAAGAAGUAAAAGCAUACUAUGGAAUACUAGCAUCAGAAAUGAAGUCAAAGUCAAAUAUAUUAUUAAAAAAAAUUGAGGGAGGGCUAGAGGAGCACGCUAUUCUUGACAGCAUCCGUCGUUUCUCUGGCUUAGAAAGAAGCAUUGUGUUUGCACUGGAGAGUUUGCAAGUGGUGAAAGUUCAGCCUGUACUACCGAUUACUCCAGCUUCCUGGGUAUGA